AUGGCGGCUGUCGAAGCUUCUGCGGAGCCGGUAACUGUAGUGGCGGCCGUUGGGCCAAAGGCGAAAGACCAAGAGGAGGAGGACGAGGAGUCGCUGCCACCGUGCGAGACGGUGCGCUGGGCCCCAGUGGGAGCGGUGGCGGAGGCUGGGCCUGGGGCAGGUACGUUCUCGGAAGAGGCGUCGGCCGAGGAGUCCGGUGUGGCCCCGGCCUCUCCGCCGGACUCGCCAGGUCGGACGCUACGGCGGCUUCGGGCCGAGCGGCGGCGGCUGGACUCGGCUCUGCUGGCACUGUCUUCGCACUUCGCGCAGGUGCAGUUCCGCCUGCGCCAGGUGGUACGCGGGUCGCCGGCGGAACAGCAGCGUCUCUUGCGCGAACUCGAGGACUUCGCCUUCCGCGGCUGCCCUCAUGUCCUGGGUUACGGGGACCACGAGGACCCUGCCAGCGAGGAGGGCGACGGUUUGCCGGGGGACCGACAACGGUUGUGGGGGAAGGACCAGAGUGAGCAGGAGAAACGGGAGCGUCUGGAAACCCAAAGGGAGAAGCAGAGGGAGCUGAUAGUACAGCUCAAAACCCAGCUAGAUGACCUGGAGACUUUUGCCUACCAAGAGGGCAGUUACGACUCCCUGCCACAAUCUGUGGUCUUGGAAAGACAGCGGGUGAUCAUAGAUGAGUUAAUAAAGAAACUGGACAUGAACCUGAAUGAGGACAUUAGCUCACUGACCACUGAAGAACUCCGUCAGCGUGUGGAUGCAGCUGUGGCUCAGAUCGUCAACCCAGUCCGUGUGAAAGAACAGUUGGUUGAGCAACUGAAGACCCAGAUCAGAGACCUUGAGAUGUUCAUCAGCUUCAUCCAAGAUGAAGUGGGAAGCCCCUUGCAGACAGGUGAUGGGCACUGUGAGUGCAAGGCCAAUGGGAAGACAGGAAGUGCAUCCACAACAACAGGUAGCAGCAGACUGCCUCCAGGAAAUGGCAAAGUGAAGCCAGAAGACGUGAAGAGAGUUCAUGAGAUGGGGCUGCAUCUGAUGCGACGAGCGCUGGCCGUGCUCCAGAUCUUUGCUGUCAGUCAGUUUGGUUGUGCCACGGGCCAGAUUCCACAGACCCUAUGGCACAGGGGCCAGGCUGACAGAGACUACUCUCCUUUACUGAAGAGGCUGGAGAUAGCAGUAGACCGAGUGAAACAGCUGGCCUUGAGGCACCAGCCACACGACCGUGUCAUCACUUCUGCCAACCUCCAGGACCUCUCUCUGGGAGGCAAGGAUGAACUGACCAUGGCUGUGCGAAAGGAGCUGACAGUGGCUGUGAGGGACCUGCUGGCCCAUGGGCUGUAUGCUUCCUCUCCAGGCAUGAGCCUUGUCAUGGCCCCCAUAGCUUGUUUGCUGCCAACCUUCUCCUCAGCCCCUGAGACCAUGCAUCCCUGGGAGCUCUUUGUAAAGUACUACCACACUAAGAACGGCCGUGCUUAUGUGGAAUCUCCAGCCCGGAAGCUCUCCCAGUCCUUUGCCCUGCCUGUGAUGGGGGGAGCCGUUAUGACCCCCAAACAGAGCCUACUGACAGCCAUACACAUGGUGCUGACGGAGCAUGACCCUUUUAAGCGCAGCGCAGACUCAGAGCUAAAGGCCUUGGUGUGCAUGGCACUGAAUGAGCAGCGUUUGGUGUCCUGGGUGAACCUCAUCUGCAAGUCAGGGUCACUCAUCGAGCCCCACUACCAGCCCUGGAGCUACAUGGCACACACAGGCUUCGAGAGUGCUCUCAACCUGCUCAGUCGCCUCAGCGGCCUCAAGUUCAGCCUCCCUGUAGACCUGGCUGUGCGCCAGCUCAAGAACAUCAAAGAUGCCUUUUGA